AUGUUUAGUUCAUUAUUAUCACCACCACUUAAUUCAAAUUAUGAUCCAAACAAUAAAAUAAAUAUAGAAUCAAAUCAAACAAUAAUAACUACUGAGAAACGAAUACUUCCAGAUCGAUCAAUUUUAUCAUCAACUCAAUAUGAUAAAACAAUUCCGUUAAAGAAAAGAUAUCCAAAUUUAAUCCACAACUUCCCAAAAAUAAUAGAUGAAGAAGUAAUAGAAUCUACAAGACUAUUCGUAGAAAAUCUAAUAAAUGGCAGUGGUGAAAAGAAAAACGAUUCCAAAUAUAAUGAUCCAGUGUUACCACCCUCGACUAAAUUACAAAAAAAUCGUCAUGUAAGAUUAAAUGAACAACAUGCACCAAUAAUGAAAAAACAAAUACAAAUCACCAAGGAAGAAAAAAUGAAAUGGGAAAUUCCGGCAGCUAUUUCAAAUUGGAAAAAUAAUCAAGGUUUUGCUAUUGAUUUAAGUAAACGAAUGAUAAAUCAACCUCAAAUAGAUCAAGAAAUUAAUAUUGAAGGUUUUGGUAAAUUAUCUAAAGCUUUACAUGAUGCUGAUUUACAAGCUAGAGAAGAAUUAAGAAUUAGAAAUGAAUCAAGAGAAGAACAAAUUAGAAAUGAUAAAAGAUUAAGAGAUGAAAAGAUAAAGGAAAUUGCAAAGAGAAGAAGGUAUCAUUAA